UUGAUAUCAUUUUAAUGCAUGGCUAGGCCUGAUUUGCUUACAGCCAGUCAUGAUAAAUGUUUUAAGAUAUUUGGGAGUAUAAACAGUACAGACCUAUCCAAGAUUGUCUAAUGCUUGAUGGAGCACUUUCAUGCGGAUUUGGGGCCCUUUUGAGUGAGUUGAGACCCGUCUCUAUGGCGACAACGGUCAAGGGACUACUUGUAUUCCGGAUGACUAGGUCGGUGAUGGAUGGGUGGAGGAGGGUGCAGACAGAGAGCAAUACAUUUAACUGUGUCAGGUCCUGGCGUCUGCCUGCACCUGCAGCGGGCUGUUUCAUUAUGUCUCGGCUGGCCGCAUAGCUGUUAGUUAUGUAUUUUUAUUUAUUUUAUUUUAUUAUUGAGUUGCAGACAGACACUGGGCGAGUGGGAUGGGCCAGACCCCCGGGGCACAUGAUCGUCAUAGACGUCGUCAGUGGUCGCAAGCAUACAAAGAGAAGAUGAAGGAGAUUUCUGUCCUAUCUCUCCUCUGCUCCUGCCUGUACCCUGAGGCACGCAAGAACCUGAUGGGAGAGUUCCAAGUAGCAGGCAUGGAGGUGAAGCCCAUCAACAAGCGUGCCUCUGGCCAGGCCUUCGAGGUGAUCCUGAAGCCCCCCUCCCCGAUGUCAGACGCAGCCCACUGUGUCACCUCGCCCCCUAAGAGGGAGGUCUCUCUGGAGGACAUCCAGAAGAAGCUAGAGGCCGCUGAGGACCGGAGGAGAUCCCAGGAGGCCCAGAUUCUCAGGGCCCUUUCAGAGAAGCGGGAGCACGAAAGGGACGUGCUGCUCAAGGCCAUGGAGGAGAACAGCAACUUCAGCAAGAUGGCAGAGGAGAAGCUUACCAUGAAGAUGGAGCAGAUCAAGGAGAACCGCCAGGCCUACCUAGCCUCCAUCAUGGAGCGCCUGCAGGAGAAGGAGAGGCAUGCCCAGGUGGUGCGCAGGAACAAAGAGCUGAGGGAAGAGCUGACAGCGUGAGCAGAUGAGGGGCGCCACCGACCAUCAUACCCCCCUACAGCCACCCUUCCCCCCGACAGCCCUCCCCCAGAUCCACCUACUACUACAGCCCCCACAGCAUCAGACAACCCCCCCCCCCCUCCCUUGAGGGAGGAGGAUGACCAACCCACCCACCGCCAGCCCACACCAACAGCGUUAGCAAAUGGGGGGGUCACAAACAAAUAUGAAAAUGUCUCCCACUCCUCCCUAUAAAAGAAUGUGUUUUGCUCAAUUUCAAAUGAUGAAAAAGAAAGAAAAAGAGAAGCCAACCAAGUGAAAGUGGGUAUUGCUUUUUGUAAAUACUUCCUUUUUUGUUAUAUACAUUAUGAUAAUACAGCUAAAGUAUUGCAGUUUGCUAUUGGAUCAUUUUCUCUAUCUAUGGAUGUACUUUGUUGUUUAGUUUUUCUCGGAACAAAAAACGUUUGCAGUUUCUCUUGUACUAUCAGGCUUCUGUGAUGUUGUGAGUUUGCCAGCUAGCUGACGUGUGUUUGCGGUGGUUAUUAUCUGACCAUGUCUGUGUCUGUGUCUGUGUCUGUGUCUGUGUCUGUGUCUGUGUCUGUGUCUGUGUCUGUGUCUGUGUCUGUGUCUGUGUCUGUGUCUGUGUCUGUGUCUGUGUCGGUCAGCCAGUCAGUAUGGGGAUGAUUAGAAUGCAAGCUGCACAUUGACUCCUGGAAGAGAGAGACUUCAGGAGACUUAUUAUAGCAUUUAUGAGCCGAUUUUCUCCUGUCUGUCUGUCUGAUCCCCCACUCUCUUACAUACAGUUGUAUAUUCACACACACACAUGCACGCACAAACAAACACAUACUCUCAAACACACUUACACACACACAGAGACAUUUUGAGAAAUUAGGCAAACAUGACACGUCGCUCAAGAGGAGCUUGCUAAAUUCUGUCAGUUGGGCAUUGCAGAGGUCACAUGAUAUCCCUGGCUCAUACCAUGAUGUCACAGAGGGGUGUUAUGAUCCUUCCUGGUUCCCAAGACCCCCUGCGUCCCCUGUCAAUCACUCUCUCAGCAUGUAUGUACCAUCUUAGACAUGUAGAUAAUGUAAUCGUGCCUAGAAUACUACAAACUCAUAUAGCGGCUAACAUAGAGGCAAUGGUAGAUCCAUAAGUUACAUCCAUGUCCUACAAGCUUAUGGGCCCUCUCAUUUCUUUCACGUUGUACCAGAGAGGAACCAAUGCCAAAUGCUACUAGGAAGGUUUCACACUAUAUAUGGAAAAUCGUAGAAUAACUCUUGCACUAUGGAGAAUGAAUCAUUGUACCUUCUUCUUAGUAUUUAAACAGCUUUUAACUGGGUACAGCAGACUAUGGCAUACGAAGGGCAUAAACAGCUAAAGUGGGCAACAUGUAAGCCAAUCAACACAUAGACUUCAAAUAACAGCUAGAUGAUGUUAGAUGAGUUAACAUGUCAAAGGAAGACAGUGGCCAUCUGCAAAGGGUGCGUGUGUGCGUGUGCGUGUGCGUGUGCGUGUGCGUGUGCGUGUGUGUGUGUGUGUGUGUGUGUGUGUGUGUGUGUGUGUGUGUGUGUGUGUGUGUGUGUGUGUGUGUGUGUGUGUGUGUGUGUGUGUGUGUGUGUGUGUGUGUGUUUCAGGAGGGGUGGGUGGAUUGUGUGUGCGUGUGUGUUUCAGGAGGGGUGGGUGGAUUGUGUGUGCGUGUGUGAUGGGGAGAACAGGGAGCACAGCCAGGAAUUUGGAGCUGUAUAUCUGACCAUCGGUCACAUACUGAUGACAUCACAGCGUCCUGUCCAUGGUGAUGAAUCUGCCUGCCUCUCUCUCUUCCUGUUUGUGUGUCUCCCCCCUCUGCAUAUAUCUUUGUGAGCAACCUGUGGUUAAUAAAGGUUUGGGGUUCUGUGAAUGA